AUGGAGACAGAUUUUCAAAAUUCAAUAUUACUACUGACUCCUAAUAAUAAAAACAAUACCAUGGCCGAUAAGACUAAAUUUAAUUCCAAUGCGCAAAGUUUUAGCCCCAAAAUAGGAAUAAAUAAUAAUAGCAAUGGGAAUAUGAAUAAUCUUGAUACUAGUCUUAAUGGUAUUGGGAAAUCAAGCGUUUCUAAUAACAACCAAAAUACCUUAAAGAAGCAAAAAAAGUUUUUGGAUGAUAGCUAUAGCAAAAACAAAAGUAUGCAUCAUAGAAAUAAUAAUAAACCGUACAAAAAUAAUGAACCGCUUUACCAUAGAAAUAAUAAUAAUAAUAAUAGAGGUAAGAAGAAUAGAAAAAAUAACACCGUUAUUCCUAUUACAUCUUCUGUUCCUAAUGAAGUAGCUUUACCGGAUUUUGAACAAACUUUACAAGACGAGUUGUUAAAUGGACAUUUCAAACCUCGUGGUAGGAAAACUCAGAUAUCUAUAAAUCAUUUAUUAGAUUUUCAAUUCUCUGAUAUCGAUAAAAAAACACAUCAGUAUCAACAGCAGAAUCACCACCGAUGCCAUGGGAACGACAGGUUUAAUACUCCCUUCAAGGAACGAUUGCAUUUGCAUGGUGAAUCUUUUAUUAAUGCAACUUGCAAGUUUAUUGUCAAUGAUAACUACACCUAUGAAGACCAGUUCAAUGAUCCCAAUUUACCCAUUCCAAGAGAAAAGAUAUUUAGAGUUGUUACUACUUUAAAUAAACAAGCGUGUCCCAUCUGUUUAUCUGAUGAUAUUGUCGCACCAAGAAUGGUUUCUUGUGGCCACAUAUUUUGCUGUUGUUGUUUGUAUCAAUUCUUCAAGCAAGAUUUAGAAAACAAAAAUAAAACUACACAGAGUAACAACUCUGAUGUGUUGCGAAACAAGCACACCCGUAAAUACUACGAAUGUCCCAUCUGUUCCUCAAUUAUAAAAAGACAUACUGUUUUGCCCGUUUUAUCUAACAAUUCAUUAAUAACACAUAAAGAUUUAUCGUCAUUGUCUUCUAUUAAUGCCACCACUCUGCCUACUGUUAAAGUUAAUGAUACUGUGAAUUUUCAGCUAAUGUGUAGACCACACGGCUCGGUAAUGGCCUUGCCCGUUAUUUUUGGUAUUGAUCCGGAGCGUUGUACUUAUCCACCAAGCAUCAAUACGCCAUUAAUUAUCGAAUAUACCCGUAUUUUUAAAUCCUCUAUAAGCGACCAAAUUGAAUUCUACAAACAAGAUAUAAAAGAUAUCAGGGCGCAAGCUGAAUUGGAUAGGUUGAUGUAUGGUGAUAAGGGGAUAAUUGCCAAAUUGGUAGAAGAUGAAAUAAACGAUGAAAUUGAAAAAUUAAUGGUUGAAAUUAUGAACACAGAUAAUAAACAGCAGUUUGAUGUAAAUGCCACUGAUGAUGAUAAUAAUAAUAAUAAUAAUAAUAAUAAUACAAAGGCUAUUGAUUUGAAAAGUAUUUACAAUGACUCUAAUGCUUAUUUUUAUUAUGAAUAUAUUGACCCAAGCAAUAACCAAAGAUUUUUUUUAUCUGCCCUAGAUAUAAAACUUUUACGAACCACGUAUCAGUCUUAUUUCAAAUUCCCUGUAGUUUUAGGUUUAAAAAUAGAAAAUAUCCAUACUGAUCAUGUUGUAACUGAAUCUGGUGUUAGAAAAUAUAGAUUUUUCAGUCAUUUACCAUUAGGUACUGAGUUUAAUUUAGUAGAUAUAGACUGGAGGAAAUUAAUUAUAUCAGAUAGCGAUAAUAAUGAUGGCUCAGAUUUAAUUAUUCCUCAAAAUGUCUAUGAAUCUUUUGCUAAUGAAUUACGUUUAAGAAGGUCAAAUACUUGUAAAAAAAAAAUUAGAGAAGACAAGGAAAAAAAGCUCUAUGAAAGGCAAUUAGAACAAAAGCAUCUGGAAUUUUAUCAAAAGGAGAAUGGCAUUAAAGCAGGCAGGGAUUCAACAAUAUAUCCUAGUAGUACUAUUUCUGGAUAUAGUUUACCUGAUUUAGAACAUGUGACGGAUACUUCUACAAGACCAAACGGAAAUGGAAACGAAGACGCUUUGAUUAAAAAUAGCGGUCUAGUUAAGAAGACUAUAUGGGGCACUGUUAUCCCAAUCUCAGAGGAAGAAGUCAAUAAGGAUAAAGAAUCUUUGGAAGACUGGGUAUCCCCAGAAGUUUUAGAAGAAUUGAAAAAAUUAAAAAUAAACAAUUCAAAUAUAAAAACAGAAAGCGACAGUAAUAAUGAUAAGGGAAAUAAAAACAAUAAUAACAAGAAAAAAAAGAAGAAGAAAUUGACACUUUUUUCUAACUCUUCCCGAGCUAAUUUUUAA